GCGGACGUGGUUUCGGGGGGAUGUCCGCCUUCUCUGAGGCGGCGCUGGAGAAGAAGCUGUCCGAGUUGAGCAACUCGCAGCAGAGCGUACAGACCCUGUCCCUGUGGCUCAUCCACCAUCGCAAACACUCGCGGCCCAUCGUCACAGUGUGGGAGCGGGAGCUUCGCAAAGCCAAACCCAACAGAAAGCUUACUUUUCUCUACCUGGCCAAUGAUGUCAUUCAGAACAGCAAACGGAAGGGACCAGAGUUCACGAAAGACUUUGAGCCAGUCAUUGUGGAAGCGUUCAAGCAUGUUUCAAGUGAAACUGAUGAAAGUUGUAAGAAGCACCUUGGCAGAGUGCUGUCUAUUUGGGAAGAGCGAUCUGUCUAUGAGGAUGAUGUGUUAGAUCAACUUAAGCACGCUCUCUAUGGAGAUAAGAAGACCAGGAAGCGGACUUAUGACCAGAUAAAGGUGGAUGAGAAUGAAAAUUGUUCCUCUCUGGGGUCCCCAAGUGAGCCACCACAGACUCUCGACCUUGUUAGAGCAUUGCAAGAUUUAGAAAAUGCAGCCUCAGGUGAUGCAGCAGUUCAUCAAAGGAUAGCUUCUUUGCCUGUUGAAGUUCAAGAAGUGUCCCUGCUUGAGAAAAUAACAGAUAAAGAAUCUGGAGAAAGGCUUUCUAAAAUGGUAGAGGAUGCUUGUAUGUUGCUGGCAGAUUAUAAUGGCAGACUGGCGGCAGAAAUAGAUGAUAGAAAACAGCUCACUCAAAUGUUAGCAGAUUUUCUUCGUUGUCAAAAGGAAGCCCUUGCAGAGAAAGAACAUAAAUUGGAAGAAUAUAAGCGCAAGUUAGCCAGAGUUUCCCUGGUUCGCAAAGAACUCAGAGCCCGGAUCCAGAGCCUGCCAGACUUAUCUCGCCUGCCCAAUGUCACUGGCAGUCACGUGCACCUGCCCUUUGCUGGGGACAUCUACAGUGAAGAUUGAUGGCCAGUCUCUUCCAAGGCCAGGACUUUGCCAGACGUGGAGACAGUAUCUAAUCACUGUACACUAUCUAAUUCCUAAGAGAAGAACUGAUCAAGAGCUGAUGUGAGACUGUAUUAUGGUAUUGUUAGGACUUGAUUAUAGAGACUAAAUGUUUCAACCUCACCUUUACCCUUUUUACCACCCAAAUAUUGGUUCUCUGUGUCCUCAUGCCUUUGAAUUUUUUAUUUUCUAGAGGUCAGUAACUUAACCCUAGACAUGGGUGCCACAUGGAAGGUCAGAUUACAGCCUAUGGAGCGUUUUUUCCAUAGCACUGCAGUAACUCCACCCCGAAGGCCAGCCCAGGAUAAAGGCCUGCUCAGUAGACUCCCUUGAUUACUGUAGAGCUAAGUGCAUUCAGUGCUUUGAGGACGAUGUAAGUUUUGACGUCCUAUCAAGAGUACAGCUGACCGCUUCUCUCAGGUCGGUCAUCAUGUGUCAUUGGUCCCUUUAACAAAACACCAGCUGUGGGGAGUAAAGGAGACGUCAGAAAGUGACAUGCUUAUUCCCUCGUCCAUAUAAUGUAAAAUAGCAUUUAGCUUAAGUAGCUCAAGAACUCAGUAUCCAUAAUACUCAGUUAAGCAGCCUGAAACAUUUUAUUUCCUUUAAGUUUUUGAAUAACUAUAUAUUUGGGAAUUAAGCAAUGCUACUACAGGGUAGAUCUGGUGAAUUUUAUACUUGUAUGUUUACAGAUGUACAUAUAAAACAAAUGUACCUUUACUCGG